GGGGCCGCGGAGCUCGACAUCAAGCUGCGAAUACGCGCCGAGGGACUGUCCGAGACUGGCAGGCAGGCGAGGCGACAGAAGUUCCCAUAGUCCCUUGCGCGCCAGAGCGGCCUGGUCCGGUUGCCAUGGAGACAGCCGCCGUGCUGCGCGUGAAGAGAAAGCGCGGAGGGUCUUUGCCGGCCGAAGCGCUAGUCCUUGCCUGCAAGCGCUUCCGUACUGAGGCUGGGGCUGCCGCCGAGGCCUCCUCCUCGCCCGGAGAGGGCGAGGUGGAGAAGACUCUCUUCAAGUUGGUAGCCACCGUAAACUCGGAGGCCGAACCUGUUGACAAAUACAUACAAGAAGCUUUUACCCAACAGAAAAGAGGCCAGAUCCUGCGACCUGCUCGAGGGAGCGCUCAAAGAAUAAUUCAGGAUCUUCGUUCUUCAAAGCAAGCCAAAAGGCAGGAAAGCCGCUACCGCCUGAUCACUAGCCUCCGCCCAAAUAUCAGCGAUGGAGAAAAUGCUGCUCUCGGAGAAAAUGAGAAAGAAUCUGAUGAAAAGAAACAGUCUUCCAUCUCUGAGAAAGACAAAAAUGACAGCACCUCAGGCUGCUGUAGAGACUUUCAGUUCUUUGAUAUUAUACAGGAGGAGGACGUGGAAAAUGAUACACCUCCUUCUCAUUUACAGAAAUCACAUCCAGAUGUGAUUCUUUGCAAUGCCGUAGAGAUGAUUCGUGAGCGUUUAACAGUAUCUGACAACAGUAAAGAAGCAGAGGAUUGCUUAAAUAAAGAAGAAUACGUCUAUGAUAUCUACUGUACGGAAACAGCUGCAUCGGGGUGGAUUGAGAACAUUCUCUCUGUACAACCUUACACCCAAGAGUUUGACUUGAUGGAUGAAGAACAUUUCACCGAAGAAAUCUAUGAAGAUGAAGAUGAUGAGAAUAAUGAGAACAACUGGCGUAAUGACUAUCCAGAUGAAGAUGAAUUUCUUGAUGAAGAAUCAGAAAAAAACAGUGGGGACACCAGUGAUGAAGAUUGUGGAUAUAUCAGGCGAUCAUGGGAGAAGUAUGAAUCUGAAGUCCUGCAGGAGUUUGAGUAUGAUGGAGUCAAGGAACUGGACUCCGAGUAGCUUGCAGGAUCUUUCAUAUUCAUGAGACCUCCCGUGUAUGAUGUGGCCUUAGCAAAUCGUGGCACCACACAACCCUCCCUUGUCAUGCUGUUUUGGCCAGAGCAUCUUCAAAUCGAGAGAAGCAGAUUGCCUUAGUGUACAGCGUCUUCUAAAAAUGAAGUGAUCCAAGUGACGUUUGCCAUUUUUUGAUCUCAACCAUGGCAUUUGUGCAAGAAAAGCCUGAAAUUGACAGAUAGAUGAGGCCAUUUUGGGAUGCCUAAAUAGAUCACCUUUACUACAAGAUUGGAAAUGUUGUAGUUAUCUUAUUGAAGUAAACAGUUGGUUCUUUUGCAAGUAUUGUUGGAUCACUACCUGUAGAUAGAUCAGUACUUAAAAAGGAUUGUUCAGAUUGGAAAUCUCUGCACCCUAAUAUUCCCAGUUGUUGCAUAUAUAUAGUUGAUAAACUUUACAUAAUAAAAACAGUAAUUUAUCCCUUU